GAUGGAGAGGAGGAAGAGGAGGAGGAGGAUGGAGAGGAGGAGGAGGAGGAAAAGGGGGAGGAAGAGGAGGAGGAGGAUGAGGAAGAGGAGGAGGAAGAGAAUGGGGAGGAGUUAGAUGAGGAGGAAGAGGAGGAUGGAGAGGAGGAAGAGGAGGAGGAGGAUGGAGAGGAGGAGGAGGAGGAAAAGGGGGAGGAAGAGGAGGAGGAAGAGAAUGGGGAGGAGUUAGAUGAGGAGGAAGAGGAAGAGGAGGAGGAUGGAGAGGAGGAAGAGGAGGAUGAGAAAGAGGAGGAGCGGGAGGAGGAGGAGGAGGACAAGGAGAACGAGGAAGAGGAGAAAGAGGAGGAGGAGGAUGAGAAGGAGGAAGCGGAGGAGGAUGACGAUGGAGAGGAGAAGCGGGAGGAGGAGGAGGAGGAUGGAGAGGAAGAGGAGGAAGAGGAAGGAGAGGAGGAUGAGGAGGAAGAGAAGGAGGAGGAGGAGGAGGGAGAGGAGGAGGAAGAGGAGGAUGGAGAUGAGGAGGAAGGUGAGGAAGAAGAGGAGGAGGAAGAGGAGGAAGAGGAGAAAGAGGAGGAAAAAGAGAAAAAUGGCUGGGAUUCCGCAAAGCAGACUGUGUGGAGUGGAGUGGACCCCACACCAGCAUCCAGUUUCAUCAUAGAAAUGUCAGUCAUGACAGCUGAGGGCCUCUCUGCCACACUGCUGGAGGUUUAG